AUGCUCGCACCUAAAUUCCUUGUCGCAGGCUUAAUUGCCCUUGCCAGUGCCUCAAUUCAUCCAGAAGACAUCAAGUUUGCCGCGCUUCUCAAGCGUCAGGCUCCAGGCACGCCCUCGUACAAUUGCCAUGAUAAUUGCGGUUGGUCUUUCGAUAUGUCUGUGCAAGCCUUAACUGACCAAAUGAUAGGCACCGCCAUAAGCCUCUCGCGCCAACCUAACAAGUGCGAAAACGACGCAUUCAAGACCAACUACAAGAACUGCCUGCAAUGUGCUGGCCCCGACAACUACAACAUCUGGCGCAUGUAUGGCAAUACGUUGAGUACUGCUGGCGCAAGCUGUGGAUUGAGCACCGAGCCAUUGGCGGGCAAGCAGGAUGAUGUUGGCCCGGCAGUGCGUGCUGGUAGUAGUUCGUCGGCUGGUGCUGCGUCGGCGACAUCUGCUGCAGCUACUCCAGCUCCAGCUCCAGCUACUGUAACCUCGAGUGCUGCAUUGAGCUCAGUCUCCGGCUCUCCUGUUGCAAGCGGGAACGCGACAGCGAGCUUCACGAACUCUGUUCCUCCUCAGCAAUCGAUGAAUGCCGGUACUCAUAUUGGUCCGGUCGGUGUACUUGGCACCGUUGUUGUUGGCGCCGUUGUUGUUGGCGCGAUGGCUGUGCUGUGA